GAAAUGGCGGCCGCACUCAGUUCGGAGGUGCCUGUUUUGGUGCAAACGCAAUUCCCAACUUUUCCUCCUCUGGUUCUGACGGUUCGGAAAGUGCAUUUCGGUGAAAAUCUGUCCAGUUUGUUGCCGGGAAAACCAAUUUCUGUGCUAGUGGGGGCCAUUUUCGGUGUGGAUUAGGCUCGAGGUUGAGAUUUUUUUCCUCGAAUCGCGACGACGCUUCUGAAAGUGAUGUUUUCUGUUGUUGGCUUGAAGGGUUUUCCCAGAGUUUUCCCAAUGGCUUCGAUGGAUGGAAAAUUUUCGUUACAUAAGUGCUCCUGUGCUUUGCUGGAGAAAAAUUACAGUUUUAAUGGUUUUGAUUUGCGAUUGAAGUGAUUUAAAGUGAUGAUAGCAGUAGCAAAACAGCUUUCCCAAUUGUGAUUCAGUGAUUUGGCAAGUAAAAUAAACACCCAUACCGAUGAUGUGAACAAUAAGAGGAAUAUACCGUUCACUUACCGAGAAAGAAACGAAUAACAACAACAAAUCCCUCGGGAAAACUCAGCCCUGUCUAACUAAUAGCUAGAUACAGGACAUUAAAAAAAAGGUUCUCAAAAAGCUGGAGAUUAUAUAAUUUUCAACCUUCAACUUAAGCAUUUUUUGGAGCUGCCGCACGUCGAAGGAAGGAACGUCGGCGUCGGAUUUUUGUCUAGAACACGUGACGAAUUAACCCACUGAGCAGCGCAAGUGCCGAAAAAGUCUAGCAACGUGUCGUCGGCUGUCGUCAUCGUCGGCGUGAAGGUUCCUCCUUGUCAUCUUUAGAAAGAAAAAGAAAAACAAGCGACUUCCAGCACAAAUCGGCGGCGCGCACGCACGCACAUUCAAUUCAAUCCAGGCGCGUUGGUGGAGAAAAAAAGAGCCAGAAAAAAAACGAUGAUUGAUCAAUGACAUCGCACGGUUCUCCGAAUGAGCAAGUCGCUGCAGAACACUCCAGAGCAACAACUCCGCUACUCAGCAACAGUAUCUUGGCCAUCGCCGAACCGGAAGGCGGUGACUAAACUCAAAAGACGUUGUGCGGCCUGCUGUAGUACUGUGGUCGAUCGAAGCAUGGCCAAGUCCUACCUGCAACGGGAAGUGAAUCUGUCCCGGAGGGCAUGCAGGACAUCCGACGAUCAGCACAACUUCUACUCCACCAAUGAUAACAAUGCACAACAACCACAACCAACUACGGAACUUACCAAUGGUGCUAAGCAACAAACGCCUGAACGUAGUGAAGAAUGUAGUAGUACAAGAUCGCCUAACGUUCUAGCGAUUGUUACCGGUAGUGAUCCUCGUCAGGAUGAAAAGAUUAAACUAGGAGCUGUAGUAGUGAUCGGCAGUUUCAGUAAUUUGAUUGCGCAAUUUUUCCUGUUAGUUAAGGCGCUCGUAGUGAUGAUGAUGAUGAGUAUGGGUCUGGGUACGGGUUUCGGUGAGUCCAACGACCUCCGGGAGUUGCCUCUUGGAAGGCGAAAGUGGCAUCGGAAGAGCAGCCGAUCCAGUGAUAGUAGUUUUAGCUUGAAUCUUUUAAAGUGGUGCACCUGUGUCGUGUUGAUUAGCGUACUCCUCGCAGCCGACGGGGGUUUCGUGUUAGCUAGGCCUAAUACCGAAAAGGGAGCGGCGGCAUCGGGUGGCGAAGAACCGGUUGUAGCGGCCUCCGCACACGUGGUGGAAGGAUCGCAAAACACUCCUCAACCGGGUAUGCAAAGUUCGAGUCAAUUAAAGCGCUCAGCUGAGAUCCCGUCUAUUAUAUUAUCAACAGUGCCAUCGGAGGGCGGCGGCGGAUCUAAUGUGGGUGGCCAUUCGUCGUCCAUGGUCAAACAGGACGAGGGAGCCCACGGGGAGGAGUCGGAAGAGGGCGGCGGCGGCCACGAGGAGGGCCACAAGCUGGAACGCUAUCCGGUGGCUCAGGUGGAAUUCUCCCGAGUCGAAACACCCUUCGUGAUCGGCGUGUGGAUUCUGUCGGCCAGUAUUGCCAAAAUUGGCGGUUGUGAGAACCGAUAUACCGAGAAUGACGAUGAUGGCAGCCACGAAAAUCUUCCUAUAAGGGGACCGGAGCCGAAGAUUCUGGAAACCUACUCGAAGCUGACGAUGCGGGACGCGAUGGACUACAUGCGGCGCAAUCCGUCCACCAUUGGCCAAAUGUCCGGCACCGAGUCGAUGAGCGCCCUGUUCCGCAACUACACCGGCGUCUUCGGUGGAAGGUGCGGGGCGUCCUUUCUGGGCACAUGUCCAAGCUUUUCCAAUUUGGAAAAUUCGACCCGAAACUUGGACAUGCAGGAGCUGGACUACAAUCCGUCUAAGAAAGACUUGACCGAUGCGAAGAUCCACCAUUUGCUGUCGGUUGAACUGAAACCCUACCGGAGACAGGCUUCAACACACAUGCAUGAAAAUAAUAAUAAGAAUCGAAGACUUAGCUACAGCCGGCACGCUGUUGAUGAUCGAGAUUUAUCAACCCAGGUUAACUAUAAAAUGCAAAUGAACAUUCGAAGGAUGAUCAGCGAAAAGAAACAUCACAAACGAAGUAAACGAGUUAAGGACGGCAAACAGCAGAACCACGUGUCCUUCCCCGAGUUCGCGCAGAACGGAUCGGCCAAACAGUUUGCGAACGGUACGAACGAUAUCGUUAUGACUAAUGACAUAAUUACGAUUACUAACCACCAUCCACCAAUAUCACCACAAGAAAAUCCACUACAACCAGAAAAUCCACCAACUAGUAGUAUCAAUCGCAAAAAAAGUAAACGAAAAUACUCUCAGAGUCUUAGCAAAUACCGUAGAUUAGAAAUAGACUACAUCAACGAAGUUCUGCACGAAGACAACGAGGACGAGGAACGAAUGGCGCCAGGUCCUGGGGAAGAUUGGGAUGGUGGUGGUCUAACGUUUACGGCCAAAGCAACACCUGAUUCACCGGCUAUUAUCCGACUCAAACCGGACGCCUCCGAGACUGGUCCAUCCUCAGGCGGAAACGACCAAAGUCAGCAGGCCGGCAAUGCCAAAAACAAUUCCCUGAUCGCUCAAAUUACCAGCCUUCCCGGGUUUGACCCAACCAAGGCACGCAUUGUGAAGCAUGUUUCAAGCAAACUCACCCCCACCUCAUCCAACACCAACAUCCAGAACAGCAACAGCAGCAGUCUCAUCAACAACAACAACAACAACUUCAACAAUAAUAGUAACAACAGCAUCAGCAACAGCAACAACAUCAACCAAAAUGGCUCCUGUGAAAUGGUUUCCGGAGGAUUUACCCCGUCCUCCGGAAGCCGAUCUCUCGCCGAACGUCCGGAACGUCUUCUGCCGACGGCGGCCGAAUCGUUCCUCCCGUGGCGUCGAGAAAAAUCCUAUCAGAGCUUUGUGGAUGAAGGCGGAGAAGCGAGUAGCGAAGCGCCCGAUAAGCGCUUCUCGAAGGAAUCGCGAGAUUCGGAAGUGGAAACUCGGGUAACGACGCCAACGGCCAUCGAAGCCGUUCUUCCCUGGAAGCGAGUGGAUGAGGAUGAUGAAAAUGGUGCUAUCAAACAGAACGAAUUCCCCUCGUGGGCUUCGAAUAAGGAGUAUCUAGCUUAUAAUUCACCAAGUGCAACAUUUUUAGGUGGCCUAACACAACCUAAACAGGCUAAGUCCGUAAUAGGUCUGUUCCGACGCGAAAGUUCCGGUUCCGGGGGCAUCGUGAUCGGUGGCGUGACGGAUUCCGAAACGUCUAGCCCGGUGACGGCAACGACGCCCAUUGGUCGGGGCAAGGCCAAGGACAAACGAUCGGCCUCGAUAGCCGGCUACAUCUCGUUCGAUGGAUCUCCGGUAACCUUAGUCGGUGGAGAUCAAACGCUGAUACCCGCCACCGAUCCCCUGGGAGUAUCCCGGACGCCUUCCGUGCCCUACGCCAAUGCCUUCCCGGUGACGGCUAGUCAUCGGCGGAACAAUCGACGCGGCUCGAUGCUGGAGCUGAGCGGGUACAGUACAGCCAACAAUGUCGAUUUUACUAUAGUCUCCCAUCGUCGGUUGUCGAUGAAAUGCUGCGAGGCGAUCCCAGAGGAAAAUUACACCAAAUCUCUGCCCGAACGAGAUAAGCACGGCGGAGCAGGAGGAGCCCGCCGAGGACCAGGAGCUAACCUAAUCAAGGUGUCCGUAACGCCCGGCAAGUCGCACCACCAGCUGCUGGGUCGCCAUAGCAACAAUCCAGCCGCCACCGCUCUGCUUUCGUCCAGUUCGACCGAUUCCGAGGAGGAGGAGGAAGAAGACGACGAGGCUGGGCACAUGGUUCCCUCGUCGGUCCGUCGCCAGAUCAACAAUGAAGAAGACGAUGACGACGAGGAAGACGACGACGAAGACUGCGCCGACGAGCAGCACCCCAUAUGAGAAAUAUUCAUCUAGGUAGUCUUGGGCCUAUUGCUCCGUCAAAAGAUGCACGGCUCCUCCUUCGCGGUCGUCUUCCGGUGGUCGUCUCUCGUUGCUUUCGGUGACCCGAACUACUAGGUCACGCCUAACCAGAGCUCUUCCUCCUAUUCCUACAAAAAAAAUGCCUCCCAAUCAUCAGCCGUCGUCGGCGUCGAAUGAGCUGUUGUGGAUUACUUCGCAGAACCGCUUCCUACAACACAACUACAAAAGUCACACCACAUCAUCAUGAACCACAACAACACACAAGUAAACGGGUAAGAAAAGAUUAAGAGAAAAAAAAUCUAAGAAGAUCGUACCUUUAACAUUGAAAGGUUCAAAAAGUUCGAUCAUCUCCAAACCAAAACGCUCAUUUGCGUUGAAGUUCAAGUACUCGUUAAAGGUUAGGUUACUUACAGUUUUUAUGAUUUAAGUAGGUAUGUAGAAAGUUCAACAGUUAUCGCAUUGUUUUCGAAGAUCUUUCAAGGAUGAUCUUAUCGGUUUGUAUGAUCUUUUUGUUAUGUUCUUGGCUACAUUGUUUUUUUUUGUAAAAAUUCUUUAUUCAUAUUUUUUUAUUGUUUAUACACUUUUUAGCAAUAAAAUUUGAAAUUUUUAAUUCACUUACGCGAGCUUAGAGUGUAUGGAAUCACAAUGGCGAGGCAAAUAUCUGGAAAUCUGUUCAUAGGUUAGAAGCCUACUGCAAUCCACGAACAGUAUUUGAAUCACUGUAAAGAAUACCCUGAGCAGGCGAUGCUUUGUAUUUACAUGAAGAGCAUCCGUAUAGCAAGAUAUAGCCAGAGAACACAACAAACAUUUUUGCUGCUUUAAAACGCCAAUUAAAGGGUGUCCACCAUGAAAUUGCCACACACAAAAUUGAUUCGCGAAAUUCGAGUUUUCAUCCGAUUGCCAUCAAAUUUUCAGAGAUUGAAAAAUAACUAUCAAAUUUCAUUUUACCAUUUUACUCGUAUUUUAUUUACAGUCCAUACGCGAAUGCCCGCACCUUGGCCUUAACCCUGAACAUAAGAUUCUGCACAACCUGCGAAACAACCGUUUUUUGAGUGUAAACCCAUACUUUCUUCUGUUCCUCGACUGUCUUCACAACCUUAGGUCGUUCAAGAAGGUGUUGCUUCAUAAUCGCCCAGUACUUCUCGAUGGGGCGGAGCACUGGAGUAUUGGGAGGGUUGAACAUUUUCUGCACGAAAUUGACAUUAUUGUCCGCAUACCACUUCAGCACGUCCUUGGAGUAGUGGCAUGAGACCAAAUACGUCCAGAAGAUUGUUGGGGCGUUGUGGGCCUUCAGAAGAGGAAGCAGCCGCUUCUGGAGGCACUCUUUCAUGAACAUCUGUCCGUUCAUCGUGUCCUGGGUCACGAAAGGUGCACUCCGCUUCCCGCAGGUGCAGAUGGCUUGCCAAACCAGCAAUUUAUUCGCACAUUUGGACAGCUUCUGAGUACGACAUGCUUCGGAAUCCUGAACUUAUCCUUGGCCGUGAAAAAUAGUUUGCCGGGGAUCUGUUCGAAGUCUGCCUUCACAUAUGUUUCGUCGUCCAUGAUACAGCAUUCAACUUUCGUCAGCAUGUUGAGGUACAACUUCCUGGCACGGGUGUUGGCGGACUUGUUCUACUUUUCGUCGUGAUUAGGGGCCUUUUGUAUGUUGAACGUUCGAAGCCCAGCUUUGGUUUUGGCCUUCUGGAUAAAACUUCGGCUUAGAUGCAGCUUCUUAGCCACAUCCCGAACGGAGGCGUUCGGGUUUCGGUUGAAGGCCCAAACUGCGCGUUUGUGAAUUUUGGUGUUGUACGGAAUACUUUUUCCUUCUCACUUCCGAUCGGUGGUCAAUCGAUCCUCGAACCGCUUAACCACUCGCGACACCGUGGAAUUCGCAAUUCUCAACGUUUUAGCUUUCGACCCCAUUUCCGGGAGUUUUGAUCACAGAAAUUUAGAACUUGCAGGAGGUAAACAAUGCACUAUGAACUAAAUUCACCCAAAUUUUCAUUAAAUUCUACCCAACGGUUAAAAAGUUAGAGCAAUUUCAUCGUGGACAACCUUUAUCUGAACAUAUGCUGUGUCAGGGUGCUGAUUGCUGUUUCAGCUUACUGGCUAAAGAAAGAAAUACUUCAGCGCUGUUUCAGCGUGUAAGGAAGUUUUAUUCCAGCCAAUAGACAGUAGAGGAAAAUUGGCUAAAGAAAACUUGUCCAGCCUUUGUUGAACCAUUUUUGACAUCAUUCAAAUUUGACAGGCGUCAGCUGGGUAGCUCUGAAUGCGCUAUUCAGCUAUGUCAAACAAUCUGUUAUUCAGUUCUGGAUCAAUCAAUGCAUGAUAGCGAAUUGAUCGAAAUAAGGAUUUUUUUCAUCUUCUUUCUAUACUUCAUAAAACGGCCUAGCCUAGAAAUUCACUUUUUAUUCUUGAAGUAUUUUGAAUUAAAUUUUAAUUUCUUCAUAUAAAAUUGACCUUGGAUGGUAGAUAUUUAGGUCUCUAUAGAACUAAAAUUUUCUUGUGCUCCACAGAAUUCUUAGUUAGAUCUGCCUUCUGCGGCAUGAGACUAGCAAGUCGAUGGUUCAAAAUUCGAGACAAGUUUCAAUGAAGAGAGGGGAAAAGAGCUGGCAAACAUCGGACAGACAUUGGUCAUCAUUCUUUUUUGUUUUGUUUUGGUGUUCCUUCAAUUGACGUUUCAUGUCAUGUUCGUUGGAAUUUUUUUCCAAAUCCAGAUGUUUAACCCUUUCCUUCCCAUGGUAGCACAGGUGAUCCACAACUUUGCACAGCUCGCAUUUGAACUGGGCGCUUUGGAUCAACACCAUUUUCUCAUCGAAUGUGUGGAUAUGAGUGAAGAAACAUUGCACGAAUUUUGAAGAAAAUCGAUUCGCUAGGUUUUGCUUGGCAGAUCAAAAGCUUCAAAAAAGUCGGAUUUUUUUCGAAUUUAAAUCAAGUCUUCAUUUGUUGUUCGAUAACUUGACAAGUUUUUAUAAUUUCCCUCAAAUAAAAAUACUGAUGUGCAGAAGGUUGCUUAUGCAAGCACAAUCAAAUGAUGGUUUACUUAGAUUUCAACUAAAACAUGUAAAUUUUCGAGUAAGUAAAGUGGAUCACUUGUGAUACACUGGGAACAAAACGUACCGUCAAACGGGGCAUCAUGCAACAGCGGGGUUCGAUGCAACAUUUAUAUAACACUACAUUGAAUCAAUUUUCAAUUUAAUGUAUGGUAAUAAAGUUAUCUUUUAAUGAUAACAAAAUGAUGAUGACAUAAUUUCACGCAUCUUAAGCUACUUGUCUUAAGUUUUUUAUUUUUAUGUAAAAUUUGAAAAAUCGUGCAAUAAAUGUACAAAUUUUAAAAUUUUUUGAUGCCGAAAAAAACUUUACCCAGUAUGACGGAUCGGCUUGAUAAAAUUACCUACAAACUUUUUACAGGUUUCCUCAUGUUAAACCAACAUUGUUGGUGUAAAAAUAUUUUUCGAACAAUCACCCAAUUUUUUUAAAUGAAUAUUUUCAAAAUUCAGUUAGGUGUCUGGGGUUAAAUGCAACAAAAUGCAAAUCAAAGAAAUACCUUGUAAAUCUCGUUUCCAUGUGCUGGAAUAUGAAUGUUUUGCAUCACGCGUUUGUAAACAUUUAAAUUUCAUUCAUCCAAACGUUUAUUUUUAUGAUUUCAGCUUGUAGAAUUUUUCGUAGUAUUAUUUAACCCCUAAAUGUAUGCAGCAUCCUUAUUUUCAGAAAAAAUGUGAAAAUUUGUUUUUACAGACCCAAAAACUACUGCAAUUGGUGUUGUCAUGCGUAAUGGUCUUUGAGGCAUCGCAAAUAUAUUAAAAACUAUGAAUUUUCGUACGUGUUCAUAAGAUGUUUCAUUAAAAACGAAGUUUGUUGCAAGUUACCCCAUUUUUUAAGGAGUGUGAAAAUCGCAUGUUUUUAGAAAAUUAAAAAUAACUGAGGAAACCAAUAAUUUUUUUAACUACGCCAAUUUGAAGCCCCAGCAUCCUUAAAACUUUUGAUGCAUAAAGGAUACGAUUAACUGUGAACAUAAGUUUUUUAGAAGUCAUUGAAGUUGAAAAUUGUUGCAUGUUGCCCCAGUUGCCGGUACUUUUCUUCUUGUAAAGCUUUUUAUCAAUACUCAUUAAAAUCAUUUCGUCAAAAAAAAUUUUCGCUUCAGGAUAGUUAUUUCAUCUGCUAAAAUGACCACAUGUCUCGAAAUAUUUGUAAAAGUUCGAGAUUUUUUUGAAAAACGGCAUGUUUUGUUUUCCUAGCGCAAAGUGUCAUGGCGGCCAUCGUUCGAGGCAAAAAUGAAAAUUUCAAAUUUUUCAAUAAAUAGACUAUCGAGGAAUGCAAAUAGCAAUGCAGUUUUCUACCAUAUAGGAUCGUUUUAGUUUGUAAUCAAUGAGGUGAUUAAAUUCAAUGUUUUUUGGCAAUUAUUUCUUGUUUUUCAUUUAUACCCUUUGUGUUGUUAUCUUCCCAAUGGAGCAUAUAUGAUCCACCUCAAAACCCAAAUUUAUCGAAUGGAUCAUUAAAGUAGCCUUAAAUUAUGCAUCUUUUGAUCUGGAACUUUAAUUUUAAAUCAAUAUUUCUAUUUUUAAAACGUGAAUACCUCGUGGGAAGGAAAGGGUUAAGAGAUGUUACAACUAGAUAUUGUUUUAGCGAUUGUUCAGCAACAAAUUUCUGUUGGGAAGUGUUACUCAAAGUGAAGCUAGCUGUUUCACCCGAGAGAGAGCACUGAAACCUUGAUUGUUGUAGCUUUUUGAAUCCAAAACAAAACAAAAAUGCAACACUUUCAUGCAUCGUUUGAUUGCGGAUGAAAAUAGAUCAAAUGUUCAGGGAAACUGAAGAAAUGUUGGAAGAGAAAUGUUGAUAAGCUUUAUUUUCGCUGUGCACGUUUGAUAUGGAAUGACAAUCUGUUACGUACACCCAAAGAAGGGGUUGCAGAAUUUCAAUACCGAUAUUGUUAACUCAAGGUUUCCAGAUUGCCCUGUUUUAUUUGGGUUUGCCCGGAUAUUUUGUAUAAACUUUGGGUUAAGUCCGGUCCGGCCCGGUUGCUCAGAUUUUAUUGAAAAAGCCCGGAUUUGGCACGGGUUUUAUGAGCAAGUUUCAUAUAUAUAAUCAGGAAUGUUUUUUUAACACGUUCGUCGCCCAAAAAAAAUCUCAGAGCAUGAAAGUAAUGCGAGAGAGCUUCAGAUUUACAACGCGUGGCAGAACUGAGCGGCAACCUUGCUUAAGAGAGCCGUCACCCAUAUAUGGGUGACGUGGCGACGAACGUGUUAAGGCUAAAAUUCAAUUUAAAAUCUGCUGAUAAAUAUUGACUUAAAAACAGUUUUUUUCUUGAUUUUUGUUGAGUAAUUCCUGAGUUUGACAAAAUUUGCCUGGGUAUUGCUAGGAUUUUUGCUCGACAAUAUCGAAAUCACAUGCCCGGAUUUUGCCAGGUUUAUAGAUAAAAUAUUCCAGAUUUAUCCGGCCCGGACACGUGCUGAUUCUGGCAUUCUGGAAACCUUAUGUUUACUCUAUGUCUUGAAUGAGAUAAAUAGUGCACUGCUCCUAAGAUGACAUGAUUUCCUGUACAAGUAUCAGCAUGGAGACACGAGCUCUCGAACAAGCUACAUACAAACAAUAAACAUUUAAGCGAAACAAAAAAAUAAAAAAAAACACUUUUGCCUUCACAACUCCAAUAGUGUGCGAAUCCUGUGCAAAUGAUGUGCGAAUAUAUGCAUGUCAUGAUUGACAUAGAUCCUGAUCUGUGGGUGUAGUUUUUGAAAACAUUUAAGUAGAAUUUUUUGUCAGCUACCUAAUAUAUGAAAGAAGGCAACUAGAAUUCACUUUAUUUGCUUAAUCAUCUUUAUUUGGAGAAAUCAUUCAGCGAAUAUGACAUCAAACGUCAGUUGAUGGAUCAUUUAAAAAUUGAGAAAUAUUAAAACAAACCCAUGUCUGGCCGUUGUUUGGCACCAACUUUUUCCCCGUAAUCAUUUUAAAUCUGCCCCGAACUUCGAACCUCAGACUUAUUGGUCUCAUGCCGCGGUACGCAAACCCAAUGAUAAAGUUUGCUGUAAGAAAAUUCUGCAGUCGAUUUUGUAAAACAAAACAAAAUCUCACUUCAAAAUAUCCGCUAUCAUGCCUUGCAGCUAUGUUCAGAUAAUUGGCGUUUACACAUUUAAAACUUACAUUAAAACGCAGCUUUACUUAAAAUUUCAUAAAUUAGGUAUGUAUGUAAAAACGAAAGUAUUGCAUUCUUUUUCGAGUUACAGUAUGUUAGCGAAUUUUUUUCAAGUGGAAAACAAAUAGAAUUCGUCCAUAUACUUAGGACUACUCCCAGAGAGACAACUCUUUGGAAUAGACUGAGUCGAUUGGGGGUCAUUUUUGAAUUUCUCAUACCCUGGGGUCUAAAAAGCUUCAUUUUGGUUAAAAAUUCAUCCAUGAUUUUUACAGAAUUUUUAAGUAACGUUUACAUGAGUAAAUUUGAACUUUUAAGUUUGUAUGGGAAAAUUGAAUAUUUCGUACUGAAAAAUCAGAAAGUUUAAAGUGCAAACGCGGUAGAGUUACAAACAGCUAAAUCGCUAACCCUCAAUAAGGGUUAAAUGCGUAAUAGGAAACCGCGGAAAGCGCGCUUAGUGCUGCAGGUUGCCUAAUGGUUAACCCAGGGUCAUAAGCAAAAUGUCAUUCCGCGGAGUGACUCACCGGGAAAUGUGAUACAAUCUGUUUAGCCUCAUACCUCCUGUAGUGUAGUUGACUUGGUAACUUUACCAUGCUUUACCAAUGCCUACUGUGUAUGUACACUCUAAGUUCGAUUCAGUGAAACUUUGGGAAAAGUUCAACAAAAUUAUUUCUGUUUUCAGAUUCAAAUUGGCAAAAACUAUAGAAAUUCGAACAAAAACUCACUAAAAAAAAUAAACCGCUUUGCUUAUGGGAAAUAAAUUUUAAUCAGAAAACAUUAAAUUUGAAAUACUAGAAAAGCACAUAAUUCAGAUUCAGAAUUCAGAUUCAGAAUUCAGAUUCAGAAUUCAGAUUCAGAAUUCAGAUUCUGAAUUCAGAUUCAGAAUUCAGAUUCAGAAUUCAGAUUCGGAAUUCAGAUUCAGAAUUCAGAUUCAGAAUUCAGAUUCAGAAUUCAGAUUUAGAAUUCAGCUCCAGAAUUAAGAUUCAGAAUUCAGAUUCAGAAUUCAGAUUCAGAAUUCAGAUUCAGAAUUCAGAUUCAGAAUUCAGAUUCAGAAUUCAGAUUCAGAAUUCAGAUACAGAAUUCAGAUUCAGAAUUCAGAUUCAGAAUUCAGAUUCGUAAUUCAGAUUCAAAAUUCAAAUUCAGAAUUCAGAUUCAUAUUUCCAACAAUCGAUACCUUAAAGUUUGAUAAUAGAAAAGAAUCCUUAUGAAGUACUUAUACUUUAGUUCCACGGUUGAUGAGGAUCACAGAUAAGUUCGCAUAAAAAACUCAACUUAAAAUUAUAAUUAAAAAAAAACCGACGUCCACAAUCAACCACAUAAUACGUGGAGAAAUAGCCAAAUGCAUUUACCCUCUUCUACUAAGUUACUUAUUUAUGCUAGCAGCAGCAUAUAAAUGUAGGUGUUGGCAACACAUCCGGUUCGUAUUUAGUCUGUAUAGUGUAAUCACAUUUUAUGCGCGUAACAAGGCCGGUUCCCAGCUAGUUUGUUAUUGUAAUCAUGAUCAGAUUUAUCAGUGAUAGCGCCUGUUAUUUACUUAAAUACCAAACUACUCAAAGACAAAACUUGUUUGCAGUGUUUUGCAAAUGUAUUGUAUAAGUUAAGAAGGCCCCAUAUAGAUCGGCUCAAACGUUACAUAGAAUCACAAACUGUUAAGUUACCCGAUAAUAUUUGUUACUCUAGUGAAAUAGUGAAAGGAAAGCAACAAACCAGCGGUAUUAUUACUUAAAGUCACAAAAAAAGGGUAGGCCUGUAACAGUCUUUUUGUUCUAAUCUAUUCUUAGUUAGUAAGACACUGUUCAUGGGACUGAAAAAUGAAACGGGAAACCUAAAGGUCACCCAGGCUUUUUGGUCUCCAAGAUAUUAUUAUUUCCAAACAGUCACCAAAAACUGUGUACAUUUUUAGUAUGUAAACACAUUUAUAGUUUACCAUUAGGAGGACUAUGAUUCACUAAAAGGCAUAUUGUCAAUAUUUAACCUUUUUCGAUUCGUUUAUUUUAUACUUGAAUUAAACUAUUUUGUUUAUUUUUCUAAAGAUGUGUUUCAGUUUACAUUAAUGAUCAUUGCUUACAGAUUUAUUUUAUCUUAUCUCAAGGUGAGUAUUCAUUUUUCUUUUUUAAUUUUAAUAUUUUAAAAUCAUCAAACCAAAUCAUGAAACGUUAGUUUAAAGCGAAUAAAAAACAAACAAACACAAUCCAAAAACCAUUCCCUGUAGGCGAAAUUCGACCGAAGACUAUAGACACAAAAAAAUCAAACGGAGAAUCCAUUCCGGAAGACCAAUACACCAACAAAAGGGAAAAAAAGGAACCAAAAAAGUAACAAUAAAAUUGGUCAAACAAUAUCGCGGAGGAGGUAAAGACUCCUAGAGGGAAAUAAUAAAAAUAAAUCUAAAAUAACAUCACUAAAACCAGUUGAUUUCAGAAUCUUGGAUGGAAAUUCUGUUUUGAUAUUUUUUUUCAGUUCAACAAUCAAUAUAAUUUGUCUACACCCAUCAUUGCUUUUUUAAAUUAUUUAUGUUUAAACAUCUGUCAAUGUGUAUUUUUAAUUUUAUCAAAGUGAGUCAAAAGAAACUGAACAAACAACCUAGGUAUAUAUUUUUUUAAUCAAAGCUUCUGAUCAUUCACUCUUCACUUCCUGGAAAUACGCUGGAGCUUUUUUCGUACCAAACGGAAUACAGUAAACUUAAAGAUUUUCAACAUUUCUAGUACUUUCCUACUUACUUAAAGUUCUAGCGUCGAUUUUCUAAAGAAUUUGACCAAAUUAAAAGAUCUCUGCUUCCCAUAAAUGCAUAAUGCUGCCCCACUACUGUGAAUCUGGAAGGAUUUUCUAUGUUGAGUUCCAUCGAUGAGGUCGUCUGAUUUGCUCUGCAAACCUGGUUGACUUUUGGCUGGCAAUACGUUUAUCUGAUCCAUUGUAGAAGGAUCAACGGCAAAUCCUCGGUUAGGUGAACAGUCGAUCGAUCAAGGUCUCACUCAUAACGAUGAGAAAAAGUAGCGAGGGUAAAAUUUAAAUAUUUUUGUGUGUAGACUCUAGUUCGUCAUUCAGGAAACGGCCAUUGUUCUUAUUCAUCCAUUUGAAACCAAGUGACGAUUUGGGAACUUCUAUAGUGUUGCGCGAUAAAAAACAGUUCGUCUUGACUUAAGUCAGGUCAUUCAUGACGAGGCAAUGAGGAUUUGUCGAAAGCAUAGUAAAAUUUCAGGACCGAUGACUGUUCCGACGUAUUUUGCCGAAGAGAUUCUUCGGCUCUCUAAACCAAAGGGCUGACCACAACCUCAUGUAAAAACAGAUCAUAUAAUUUCAUUACUAUGAUUCAACAUUCAAGAGAUUAUUCUUAUUAUGAUUUAUGCAAAAAGUUCCAAAUAACGAAUAGAUAACAGUAUGCGUUUACCGUUUGGCACUCAAAACGCUCCAGCAACUUUUCAAAAAGAGUGAGAUGGACUUUUUUUAGCCGCCUCGUGAUGGCACCGGCUUCGAAGUUCCACACUCUAAUAUUACAAACUUGUUGCAUUGUCGUUUAUUUUCACGUAUCGAUUUUCUGCCAUCAAAUUUAUCGAUUUGGGAUGUGGACUCAUCGCACUUUGGAAAGCAGCUGGAGUGUUUUCAGUGCCAAAACGGAAUGCUGAAAAUUAUAAAGUUGUACAUUUUACGCAAUCUACACUGUGAACAUCACUUUCUACUUACUUAAGGGUUCGACGCCGAUUUUCCGACGCAUAGAGCUGAGAUAAAUGAUUCGAAUCCAGCGUCUUCAGCUUCUGGGCCUGGCUCUUCUUCGAUGCCCAUCUGGAUUCCAGUCAAGCGCCUCUCUGCAAAUUUCGUUUACAAUACGGAUUUCACCUUUGAGUUGAAGAUUCGGAUUUUUGUUCGUGGAGAGAUCUGGCGUGAGUGCCAGAUGUUCCGGAGAUUCGAUCCUGGUUUCAAUGUCUUUCUUGGUACCACCAUCAGGCGUAAUCUGGCUGCCAAAAUACUGGAAACACUCCACUUACCAAUCUGUUGCCCAGCUACCUUGUAAUUGGAACGAUUUUCUGUGUUGAUUUCUAUCGAUUUUCAUGGUUCAGAUGGUCGAAUGCUUUUUCGAAAUCAACGAACACCAGCAGAAGAGAGUCCUGGAAUUCGUUGAUUUGUUCCAGUGUUGUCCGUAGCGUUGUGAUGUGGUCCACACAUGUUCGUCCGGAUCGGAAUCCAGCCUGCUACCAUCGGGGUGUAGCGUGUCUCGAUCCUGUAUUGGAUCACUUUGCAGAGUACUUAAGGGAAAAUUAGAUAAUCAUGGAAACGUUGUGACGUUUUUAUAUUGCAAAAGCAUGUUUCAAACUUAUUGACCGAAAGGUAAAAAAAAUGAAGGCUUAAGCGCCAAAUUUUGAACAAAAUUUGCCAACAUUCCGUUUGUUUGCCCGGCAUCGUGGUCAUUCCGUUUUUUUUGCCCGGCGUCGUGGUCAUUCCGUUUUUUUUUUGCCCGGCGUCGUGGUCCGCAGCUUGAUUUAGGGGAACUUGUCGAUUUCAGCAGAACAUUUUAAUCUUCACAAAACUACAAUAGUUAGAUUUGGCCAUAGUAAAAUAAAAAAAAAAUCACAACGUGAGCGCUCACGAAUCGACUUCGAGACCGGCAUUGGCGGCUUCCGUUGGCUGAUUCGGAUUCGGCAAAACAUUCUCGAAAUAAAGCAGUUGUAAAAAAAAGGCCGCUGGUGUUCUGUUGAAGACCACGGCUCAUUUAGAAACGCACCAAACAUCCAAAUAAUCUUAGAACUUACGCGGCCUUUUCGGUUGUUGAGCUCCGGCUGGCGAGAGCGAUCGAAUUCAUUUGGACCUCUUUCCAAAUCCAAAUGAUGGCAAUGAACGCUGAUUCCGCGCAAGGCGGUCUAACGGCGGGUGGAACGGGCCUCGACACCCUGAUCGCUCCCACGCUCUCCUCCCGUACAUCGUACUGCACUCGCUGGCCUUGCUGAAUGAUCGUCCCUCAGACCAAAACACAGGAACAGACGAUACCAACAGCGUUAACCAGCACGGAUCAAAAACACAGUCGCACUGUCAACCACUCGGGAAAGGCCCAGAAACUAAAUGAUGAUCGCGCGCAUGAUCGGCUGCCCUUUUAUCAUUUUUAUUCUUGGGUGUUUCACCGGUUGACGAUCGAAGUUUUUUCCGUCUCUCGGGUUUCUCUGCUCGUUCGUUGAAGUAUCAGCAAAUGUAUAUUUCCGAACUCUAGGUCAGUUGUGCCCAAAUCAAAAUGCUACAACGUUUGGAACUGUUGUCCACGUCUCUUCCUCCCUAUGUUCCAAUUGGCUCUGCGUUCAAUACAGCACAGUGGGCCCGGCCGAGUAAAGAUGAGUAGUAAAUAUACUUUUACUACUCAUCAGGAUGCUAACAAGAUCUGACUGUGUAUGUAUCAUAAGCAUAAGCAUAAGCACUUUGCAGAGUACUUUGAGAGUUGUACAGAUCAAAGUUAUGCCACGCCAGUCACCGCAUUCGGUCAGGUCUCCUUUCUUGGAGACCUUUACAAGGCAACCCUGCGUCAAGUCACCCGAGAAUGUUGCAGUAUCACUUUGUGGCGAUUGCUGUUUUUUUUUAAAGAUUAACUUAUGCGUAUACCGUUUGGCUCUAAAGUUGACCCAGCCACGUUUCAAAGAGAGAAGAUUUAAAUUCAGUUUUAAAACUUUGCAUUCUGAUUCUUUAUUCUCGUUCAGAAAAAAAAAAAACAUUUUAAUUGUAGGUUUUUAACUUACCCUCAAAUAUCAACUCAUUUCCAUCCAAGAUUACGAAUCAAAUAAUUAACUCAAUAAAAAAUAGUUACACUAUUUUUUACAGUUUUUCCUGACUCGUAUUUGUGGUGUUUCAACACUAAUGAUACCAUAAAUCAGGCAUGUCAAACUCGUUUAGGUGUGCGGGCCGCAUUAAAAAAAAUUUAUGACGUAGAGGGCCGCAGCCAAAAUCAGUUAAAUCGGUACAUUCAGCUUUAGUUUUUUUGCAGUGAUAUUUUACAUAAAAAUCAGUGGUGAUUUUUUGUGACAAUUUAAGACGGAGCUACGCGGGCCGCAUUGACCUAGACGGCGGGCCGCAUGCGGCCCGCGAACCCCCAGUUUGACAUGCCUGCCAUAAAUGAAAGCCCAAGCUUCGAAUUCCGAAACGCCUUCACCUGAUACAUAAAAAGAAACAAUGAAGAAGAAUCCUUCCUGCACACCAUCAAUUCUCCCGCCGAAUGCCUUAGAAAUACUUUGUAACAGAAAUAAAAUCAAUGUAAACAAUAACGCUUUCCCGAAAAAAGUAGGUCCUCGGUCACUUGGUCCAUUUUUAUGUUGAAACACCACUGUAAGAGUAAAUGGGAAAAA